AUGUCCUCCUUCGAUUCGAUCCCUCUGCUGGACCUCUCCCUGGCUAAGGAUCCCAGCACCAAACCCCAGUUCUUGGAGGACCUCCGCCAUGCGCUGCUCGAGGUGGGCUUUUUAUAUUUGAAAAAUGUGGGCAUCCCUGAGGAGCUCACGCAAGCUGUUAUAAAGGAGGGCGUUGCGUUUUUCGAUCUGCCUACGGAAGAGAAACUCAAAAUCGAGAUGAAAAACGCCCCCUCAUUCCUAGGAUACUCGCGCCUAGACGCCGAGAUAACAGCGCAAACCAUCGACCACCGCGAGCAAAUCGACCUCUCCACCGACGGUCCCAUCCGCACCCCCUCCGAACCCCUCUACAGAAACCUCUUCGCGCCAACACAAUGGCCGUCCGAAACUCACCUCCCCAACUUCAAGUCCGUCUAUAGCGACUACAUAACACGCAUGGGCACGAUCUCGAUAUUCUUCACAACACUCAUCGCAGAAGCCAUCGGACUCGCUCCUCAAGCGUUCGAGAAGUAUUUCGACAAGCAGCAGCAGCAUAAGCUGAAGAUUGUCAAGUAUCCCGAUUUACAGGAGCUGGGACUGGAUACGGACGGGAAGGAGGGGCAGGGUGUGGGGCCGCAUAAGGAUAGUAUGUUUACGAGUUAUUUGCUGCAGGUUACGAAGCAUCGCGGGUUGCAGGUGCAAAAUUUACAGGGCGAGUGGAUUGACUGUCCGCCGAUUGAUGGUACGCUCGUGGUGGCUAUUGGGCAGGGGAUGGAGGCGCUGACACAGGGCGUGUGUAUGAGUACUACGCAUAGAGUGCUGAGUCCUGCGCCUGGAACUGGGGCGCGGUAUAGCGUUCCUUUCUUCCAGGGUGUCAGUCUGGAUGCUGAGUUUGACGAAUUGAAUGAUCUUGAGGGUGGCGGAGGUGUCGGGAAGGUUCCUGAGGAUAUCAAGGAGAUGAGGAGGAAGGUUGUGGCGAGGAAUGGCGGAAGGUUGGACGAUGUGGAGUUUACCUUUAGUGGAGGCAGUGGAUCGAAGACGCUCGGUGAGGCGACGCUCAAGAAUAGGAUUAAGAGCCAUCCGGAUGUAGGGGAACGAUGGUAUCCUGAUAUUCUAGCCGAGAUUCGAGCGCAGCAGAAAUUAGAGGCGGAGAAGAAGCAGAAGGAGAGUGCUGCUGCUCCUCCCGCUACUCAGAAUGGUAAUGGAGUCGUGGGAGGUCGUCAAGGCCAGCCUGUGGAAGCACACUAG